AUGUUCGAGUUUAAUGAUAGCGCCUUCGAACAUGGCCGGCAGGAUAUCGAAGGAUUACCUCCUUCGGUCAAAACAUAUCGCUACAGUAAUAUGGACGAUUUCUGCCAGAUCAUCUGGCUUGAGGAUGACCGUCUCUAUGGUUCUUUCCGCGUUGGACAAAAGGCAAAAGCGUGGGCAAACACUGGUGAGAAAGACAACACUAAGAAUACGCCAGGCGAAGAUCAUAGCCCCGAGGAAGAAGACCACAGCGAACACCUCAUCUUCUUUAUUGAACCAACGGUUUUCGAGCACGACUUCAUCAACUCGGAUCCCCCUGUUCGUACCAAUACAUUUUUCAAUCCGAAAACAAAAAUCCUUAUCGUCAAAAUGCUCGGCCCGGUGCACGAACAAGCCAAAAUGGCUUUCCACGACAUGCUUAAACUGGCCCUUGAGCCAAUGGGCCUGCAUAAAGCAAUUCAAUCCUGGGGAAACACAGGGAUGCUUGCCAUAGAUGGCACAACGAAGCAGGCAGACGGGGGGUGGGGUCCACGAAGACCCCCCGAAGCACUCCUAGGAGACCCACGGUUAUUUUGGAGGUCGCCAAUUCGGAGACUUACGCCAAGCUCCGCCGUGAUGCUCAGUACUGGAUAA